AUGGCAUCCCCGGAAGUGAUCAAUUUAGAACCAGCAGCAAUUAUUGGCUUCGAUGGACACGUUAUUGCGGGCUUGCGAAUCCAUCCGGACGGGAAGCAUUUGGUUUUUCCUUUGGGCAAUGAAAUAUCGAUUUAUGAAUUGGAAUCGAAUAGGCAGACCUUCCUGCGGGGACACACGAAUACAAUCUCAACGGUUGAUAUUUCGCCAAAUGGAAAAAUGGUCGCCUCCGGCCAGACCAACCACAUGGGAUUUCGAGCGUUCGUGAUAAUUUGGGACUGGCAGAGUCGGAAGGAGAUUUCUCGCCAUGAACUGCACCGAGUUAAGGUGCAGUCGUUGUGUUUUUCCUGCAAUGAACAGUAUUUGCUCAGCCUGGGCGGGAAGGAUUGCGGGUCGAUCAUUGUGUGGGAUAUUGAGCAGAAUAUGGCCAUUUGCGGUACCAUUGCAACUAAGGAAACGACUGGCGAUGCAACAAAAGUUUGCGCAUUGAACCAACGCUGGACCACGUUUGUUUCUGGCGGUGAUCAGAAUCUUCGCGUGUGGCACAUUGAUAGAGACAGAAAACGAUUGAAUGUUCAGGAUGUGGCGGUCGGUAAACUCCGUCGGGAGUUUACCGGUAUGCGUAUAACUGAGAACGACAACAUACUCUACGUAGGAACAAUGAGUGGAGAUGUUGUUAAAAUUGGACUGAAUGUAAGCACCAACCCGAAUGCACCGGCUCAGGAUAAGGUUCCAGUUUUGCUUGGAUGUUUCGGUAAGCACAACCCAAGAAAACCGGUCGGGAAAGAUUGCGAAAAGUACCACUACGGAGUGCGUGAUCUGUUGAUACUACCGGAUGGAAAAUUGAUUAUUGGAGCAGGUGAUGGCAUUAUAGAUAUGGUACAGGAGAGGGGCGUGAGCUUCAAAAACUACAACAGUCCUACCUGGCCGCAGUUCAAAUCGCUCCAAUCGACCAAAGUUGGUGGUGUCAUCACCUCUCUUCAGAUAGUUAAUCAGUGCACACUGCUGAUCGGCACGGACGGUUGCGAAAUUUACUCUCUAGAAAUUCAAUGCUUUGGUUCUAGUUUGAGGUUGUUAAAGACAUGCCACACAAAUGCCGUUUAUGAUAUCGCUUUUCCAUACAACUUUUCGUUGGUAUUUGCUACUUCGAGUCACGAGUCAAUACGCAUUUGGUCCACGUCACGAAUGCAGGAACUACUACGCAUCGUGGUUCCGAAUUUUGCUUCCUCCUCGAUCGUGUUCAGCCGCGAUGGCAAAAGUAUAAUUUCAGCCUGGAACGAUGGAGUAAUACGGGCCUUUACUCCGCUAACCGGCAAGCUUAUUUACGCCAUACCAAAUGCUCAUAACAAGGGCUGCUCGUCGGUCGCUGUGACGAGCAACGGAAAAAUUUUGGUCAGCGGAGGUAUUGAGGGGCAGGUUCGCGUAUGGAAGAUCGAACCAUACGUGCAGAGCAUGAUUGGUGUACUGAAGGAGCACUACGGGCCAAUCGAAUCUGUUCACAUUAACAGCUUCGAUACCGAGGUGGUUUCUGCAUCGCGCGAUGGAUCGUGCGUCAUUUGGGAUUUGAUUCGACUGACACGAAAGCAUGUUAUUUUCGCCCACACACAAUUUAUCGCAGCUCAGUACUAUCCAACUGGAGUGCAGAUCUUGACCGCUGGAUCGGACAAACUAAUUAGUUACUGGGAAUCUUUCGAUGGCAGCCUAGUACGGGAGGUGGAAGGAUCAAAGUCCGGUCCGAUUAACGCCAUUGACAUGAAUAUGACGGGAGAGUACUUUGUCUCAGCCGGAACGGAUCAGGUUGUGCGUCUGUGGAACUACCAACUCGGAAUGGAAGUAGCGGUCGGUAUUGGGCACGCUAGUGCGAUAACGUCUGCACGGUAUAGCCCGAAUGGAAAGUUUUUGGUCACCGGAUCCACAGAUGGGGGAAUUUUCGUAUGGACAGUUCCGGAGCAAUAUCACAUUAAAAUAUCCACGAAGGAAGCUAACAGCGGGGUCAGUACUCGGAAGGGAACCGCAGAUAGUGCAACCAAACAUAAACCAUGCACUCAACUGGUGGUGGGAAAAAGUUCGAACGAAAAUGUACGCGAAAUCGAAUCUGCGCGAUCAACUCACUCCAGUCAGAUCGCGAAAUGUCCAAAUGUGGACAUGACGGUCCAGCCGACUAUAGACCCUCGCGUGGACGUAACAACCCUAGCCGAUGAUGCCCAACAGCAGGAGCUGCUCGAAACGCGGUCUGUUCACUCUCAAAAAUCGCAAAUAUUUGAAUAA